AUGUCACGUCAUCGAAACAUCAGAAACAUUAAAGUUGAAGACAUUUUUGAGGAAGAAUAUGGAUUUGAAGAAAGUGGAGAAUAUGGAGACGAAAAUUUUGAAAUGACAUUAAAGCAUAAAGCACAAAUGGAGGAAGGAAAAAUAAAGGUUAAAAGCGUAAUAGGACAAUUGGAGGGUAUCACUGAUAAAGACAUUGAAGAUACAUUAUGGUAUUACUAUUUUGACACCGAAAAAACUAUUAACUGGCUAUUGGAUAAAAUUCAUAAGACUCAAGCACGAAAACAAAAACAAUCCCAUAAACAAGCCGUCUCAAAUAACUCUCAAGAAAACAAAGGUGAUUUAUCGGUUCUGGUAUUUUUGUUUUUAUUCCAUUUAAAUUGCAUGAACAGAUGGAUAGUGGCUCGGCAUGCAUUAAUCAAGAAUUUUCUACUCGAUAUUCCCCUUCAAAAUUUGAUAGACUCAGAUAAUAAUAGCUCAUUUCUGGAAGAUGGAUGCUAUCGUCCUGUGACUUCUCGAUUAAAGAUAUCGAUUCUUGGGUGUUCACGAUCUGUAAUAUAUUCGCCAUCAAAAAAUAGUAGAAAGAUAAGCUGUAUUACUCUGCAGGACAUUUGGUUAGGACAUAAUGUCAAUUGGAGGCGCCUUUUGGGCAACACAAUGUCGUCUAUAGAUACACCUAUUCUCGUUAUAAAGCAAAAUUACUUGGCUCAUGGUGGAUUAUUAGGUGGCGCUGAUUCAGAAACUCCGAAUUCGACACAACCAAGGCUUUCUUCUACGAGAUCUACAUACCCAUCUUUAAAUUCACUACAAAAGAAGGAUUUAGAAUCACUCACAAAGUCCCAUUUUGGAUCACAAAGUCAAGGCUUUUCUUUAUCAACCUUGGCGCAAAAAUCCUUAUCCCAGUCAACCAGUCGAAUUUCAUUGACAAGGCUCUUACCAAAUAAAAGCAGUACAACUGAUUCGUCGCAUUCGAUAAAUUUAAAUAGUGGGAUAUCCCAAAAAUUGACUUCUUUAUCUGAUUUAAAUUCAUCAAAGAUAAAACUAUCUACAACAUUUCUAAAACACACGGAUUCUGCACAUUCUCCAAAAUCACUUCCAUCCUAUUUGGAUUCAAAUAUAUCGAUGUCAUCCAAUGUGAAUCAUACUGAAAACAGUUUGAAAUCUAGUUUUAUAUCAGAUAUUUAA